AUGCGUGAGUGUCUCUCGAUUCACGUCGGCCAGGCCGGCGUCCAGAUCGGCAACGCCUGCUGGGAGCUGUACUGCCUGGAGCACGGCAUCUCCCCAGACGGCAACAUGGCCGAGCAGGAGAAGACCGUCGACUCGUGCAGUACCUUCUUCAAUGAGGUGGGCAACGGCCACCACGUCCCUCGCGCCGUCUUCGUCGACCUGGAGCCGACGGUGGUGGACCAGGUGCGCCUCGGCCCCUACGGGAAGCUCUUCCACCCGGAGCAGCUGAUCACCGGGAAGGAGGACGCGGCGAACAACUACGCCCGCGGCCACUACACCAUCGGCAAGGAGAUCGUCGACACGGUGCUGGAUCGCAUCCGCCGCCUCGCCGACCAGUGCUCCGGCCUGCAGGGCUUCCUAAUCUUUCACUCCUUCGGCGGCGGCACCGGCAGCGGCUUCACCAGCCUCCUCAUGGAGCGCCUCUCCGUGGACUACGGCAAGAAGAGCAAGCUGGAGUUUGCCAUCUACCCCGCUCCCCAGGUGUCCACCGCCGUCGUCGAGCCCUACAACAGCGUCCUCACCACCCACAACACACUGGAGCACUCCGACUGCAGCUUCAUGGUGGACAAUGAG